AUGCGUGGCGAUGAGUUGUCAGGCGCGGAUCCCCGGCCGCCUGCCACAACAUCGCCAGCAGCAUUGACGACGGCCGCCGCCGCCUUGUCGCCGGCCACCCCGGGCAGCAAUGGCGACAGUGGCGAUGAGAUGUCAGAUACUGCCCCCCUGCCGCGUGCCUCGACCGGGGCGCAGCCAUAUCCAGACACCGUGCCGGCAUCGCGACCUCACAUGGGCGACUCCAACCCCUUGCAAUCCAGCCCUGCGCCGCCUGCAGUGGCAAACUCAUUGUCGGCGGGGAGCAGUUCCAGCAAUUCUGGCAACGACGACGGCGCCUCCAGCAGCCGCAGCACUGCCAGCAGCCCCCCCCAGCGACAGCCACCACCGGCUGGACAAUCGACGGCCAGCAAUCCCGAGGCGCAGGCAGCGGCUGGACUGUCGACGGCCAGUAGUCCCUUGAGCCCUUCCCCUGAGAUUUUCGAUGCCGUCAUGCGCGACAGCGAAGUGCUGGAGCCUGACGACGGCCAUCCCCGGCCCCUUCCCGUCACAGAAUUACAGCCACAGAGUCACAUUUCUGUUGUCGACCUCGACAAGAUACCUUCGGCGAAGCCCCGGGAGUUCAAGCUGCCAAAACUGACUGGUCCAUAUCGCAUGCGGCUGGAAAGGCUGGUCACGGAAGCCCAAAAGAAGUUCCCGGAGAGGAAUCUUGGCCAAUUCGGUGAAAACCAGUUCGUGGACCGCCGCAUGAUGGAAGACCUUCUCAGAGAUGAUCUGCCAGACAGAUACUACCUAGACGCCCGCCCUUCAGAUCUGAACAAAACACCGCCGCCGCGUGGUCUCGUUCUGCCCUACCACGUCAACUGCUCCGACCAGCUUUCGGAACAGGGCCAAAAUCAUUUCGUCAUUGCGGUCGUCGAGUUGGACCAGUCCAAAUUUAUCAGCUGGGGAAUGACAAAGGAAAAGCGCGAGCAGGAGGCGACCGCACUUCUCGAUUCCGAGGAUAACUGCUGUGCUUUUCGAUGCGUGGAGGCCGUACGCAUCCAUUUUGGGAUAGACAAAGAGCGAGAGCGGGACAAUACCGCCCUUCGGCUGGCCUCCCUGAAGAGAUGGAUCAAAUCUAAGAAUAAGGCGGUUGAGGCGCUGAGGUCCGGCAAUCCCCGAGAAGACGGAGAUCAGGCGCUUGCAGACGCCGGGAUUGGUGACUUCGCUACCGCGGUUUCGACCCCGGUUGAUCCAGAAGUUGAGGAAGUGCUCCUUGACGAAAUUUCUGCAAUCGAGGGUGCCGACACCCCACCAGAUGCUUCAGCGUCGGAAGCGUCAAGCCAGCAGCAAGCUUCGACGGCUGAAGCAGCGCCAGGUCCCCCAUCGGAACCGCUUAGCCAGCGCAAAAAUGGCACUGCCGCGUCAAACUUGGACGCCUCCACCGCGGCUAAAUUCGUGGUGGCCCCCGAGCGGGGAAGAAGGCCGCUUCCCGACAGCCGACCCCAGCCAGCUGCUCCACCACCCGAGCUCGGACAUUCCCAGGCUCCCCCGCCCCACUCUAGCAACAGUGGCAACACCAUCCCUCCUUCCAGUGACGUUCACAACGGCGUGAGAUACAGAUGGAUGCCCGACACCAUUGGUGGCUCCGUUUUAUUGCUCGAGCCAACACCGGACCAAUACCGGGACCUGAAGGAAGGCCCCGAAGAUGACAUCCCUUCGCUUAUCCGCUGUGGCAAGGAACUCGCGGGAAAGGCUGGCAUAUUUGUGAUUAUCGCGCCAACAAUGAGAAUUCAGUCUUUCGAUAACGACAAGCUUAAAAUCGACUCCAGCAUUACCGACGACGUCGAAAAGUUUGCAACAGUAAUCUCAGAUCCAACGGAACUAGGCAACGUGGCCUACCAGACCGACAUCCCAGCCCACACUGAAGAAGAGCGCAGGGGGGCAUUUCUACCUCCAGAAAGUCCGGUUUGGCCGUUCCGAGGCAACAAGUUUCCUGCGGAUGGUCCUGUUCCCGGAUUACACAAUCCUUCCGCGUAUCAGUCGCGGCCGUGGGGACCGUUUGCAUGGCAUCGUGAAGAUUUACGCGCGUGGGCGGUCAAUUAUCUCUAUUGCGGAGAAAAGAUCUGGCGCGUUAUCGAGCCAGGAUCAGAAAAACAAGCGGACAGAGUGUUUGCCGACAUGCUGGGAGUGACGCCGACCCACAACCAAUAUCUCCGGCACCAAGCUUUGCAUGGCGGCGUUAAUCGCUUGCGGGAGGGGGGCGUCGUUGUAAGAAAGUUCAAGCAAAGAGCCGGGCAAUUGGUCAUUACCCUUCCAGGCGCCUACCAUUCCGGAUUCAGCGUCACUUCCACUCAGGCCGAAGCGGUCAACUGGACGGAUUCCACAGAUCGGUCCGAGGAAUAUGUCCCUUGCAACGCGGAAUGCAAUGAUCACGACCCGAUUACGUAUGAGAUAGCGUUUUCGAACGAUCAGCCCCAGAACUCAACUUCCCUUAAAAAGGAUGCAGGCAAAGAGCAUCACGCUGGAGAGCAGCAUACUGGCAACGAGCAUACGGAUAAGCAAAACACAGGCGAUGACCAGCAAACCAAAGUCGCAGGAACCCGGAGAUCAGGAAAGAGGAAGUCCGAAGGUACCCCCUAUCCCGCAGGAUUUGUCAUUGGGAACAAUGCGCAGCAAGCCGCUACCCUGCGCAGUGCACGGCAAAAAGCACCGAGGGUGGCAAAAGACACAAGCGGAAAGCAGCACGAGUGCGGCGAGCGGCGGGGCGAAACCGUCGAAUCACCAAGGUUACGGAAAAACAAACGCGCUGCUGCCCCAAAUGAACCACCAUCCGACGAGCCACAAUCCAAGCGAAAGCCCCGUCCCGUAGCCAUUAUGGCCGAACAUUUACGCGACGCAAAUGCCAUCGCACGGUUAAGGGGUCACAUCAGAGCUUCAAGGGGAGAUGGACGGCUUCCAGAGUUAGAGGUCAAGGAAGAAGAUAGUGUCCGCGCAGCAGUUGCAUAUUGCAAGAUUGCGAUUCAGGCUAAGCAGUCAGCUGGCUACUGUGGCCUAAGGUCAUGGAUAGCAUGGGCUUCAGCUAAUAAGCUUAUCAACCUUGAGAAGGAGAAGGCGAACAGAAAGCGCAACCCUGAAGAUGUGCUCAAAAAAGCGCAUGCAGAAGUCGCUACCUUGACAUAUGAGUUAGAGGUCAAGGAAGAAGAUAGUGUCCGCGCAGCAGUUGCAUAUUGCAAGAUUGCGAUUCAGGCUAAGCAGUCAGCUGGCUACUGUGGCCUAAGGUCAUGGAUAGCAUGGGCUUCAGCUAAUAAGCUUAUCAACCUUGAGAAGGAGAAGGCGAACAGAAAGCGCAACCCUGAAGAUGUGCUCAAAAAAGCGCAUGCAGAAGUCGCUACCUUGACAUAUGGUGCGUUCAAAAAUCGCCUUUCAGAAGCAGGAAAAUUGGAAAAUUUGGGAGCAUUUAUGGCCAUGCUUCCCUUCGAUGGACAACUGGACGACGGUAUAGCACUUCGGGAUUACCAAAGGGUUGGGCAAGACGAGAUGGAACAGUUGAAGGAGCAGUCAGCGAGGGGCAUUGGUUCACAAUUGGCAGAGGUGGCGGACGAAUUUCUGACAGCUUUGCGGGAAGGCAAGGCGUACCCCAGAAGGGCUUGGGAAGAUGCCGCUGAAACAGAACUGGUGAAAUCAACUCUGCAGCACCAAGUGGAGCUGCUUCAGCGCGUGUCAGACCUGGCCGAUUUUGGAGGCCCAACGACCCGUGUUCCGGCAGGCGGUACCAGCACCCCGCCGCCCUGGCACCCCGCUAGGAGACACAGCUCGGUCAAGGCGGCUCAUGACAGCGGCCAACCCCUGGAGCGACGCACGCUACGGCGCACGCGGAUUCAAAAAGUACUGUGCAGCAGCUGGGUUGGCUUCCACCCCUGCUUUGCGGCGUGUGGGGAGGUUAAUGCCGUGCAUGGUGAACUUCCAGCGGAGGGUGGGAAAGGUUGCGUGCUGCUCGGGGGUACCCAAGCUCUUGAGCCCCCGGCAUCUCCUAAUAAAGGACGGAGCACCAGCAACCGCCUGCCGAGCGACGGAUCGGGUCACGACGAUGGGCCGGAAGACAGCGACAACGACGAGUCGGAAGACAACAAGGAGCCGGAAGACGACGGGUCGGAAGACAGCGACAGCGACGAGUCGGAAGACAACACGAAGCCGGUGCACAACACGAAGCUAGUGCGUAACACGGAGCCGGUGCACAACCGCGACGAACCAACGAGUGCGGCGUCGGUUUCGCCAAGAGCGCGUCGAAAGCGCGAGCUUCCGACGGAAGGGAAAGGCGAUCUCGAGCAUCCUAGUAAGAGGCGUCGAAGAGGGGGGGAAGUAGGCCGUACGAGGGUGAGCAGAGUGGGGGAGGCAACGAGCGACGGGGUCGAGAAAACGGUCAGUUUUGAGGAGGUUCGCGAUCAACACCGUAUUAUUGCAUGGCCAGCAGCUUCCCCCCACUUCUACACAUUACGGUGCGAGAACCACGGCAAAUUUUUCGACAGCAAAGAUCCUGUCCAGGGAGCUGGCAAACAUCUUAGCAAAAUCCAUGGUACAAGCGGGACACACCAAAAUGCCAUUCGAGAGCUUGGCUUCCGUGUGCAAAACUGCACGCGGGAACAGGUCGGAGAAAGCAACCGCGCAAUCGAUCAGCUCAACGCAGUGGAUAAGCCCAACGCAAUCGACCAGCCCCAUCGACGUAUUGUCAAGGACCCAAAAGCCAGCAUCCAACCCACCCAUGGCAAGUUCUACCAAGUUUCCUGGUCCGCCGGCGCGAAAACCCGUCCCGGCACUCCAUACGUCGCCUUGUGCCUUCCGACUGGCGAUUUCGACAUAGUGGGCAUAUCAGGCUCUAUUUCCACCACAGGCCUGGGAAUUUGCAUUCCCAGAUGCUAUCGCACUCGCGCGGAAAAUAUCCUGGAGUGGAACGAGGGUUACCAGGAUGGCGGUAAAAAGGCCUACUAUCGCAAAUUUCCCUUCCUGUUUUUCACCAGCGAUGUUAAGGUACCUUCUGAGGGUAAACUUUCUAUCCCCGAAAAAGGGAAGGUGCUUGCGUGGGUAUCCGCAAGCGAUAUCCAACAACUCGACCUCAACGACGAGACCGCCCUUCGUCUUUCAGGCUAUGCGGCUGCGUUGGCAUUCCAGAAAUUGCGCUGCCAAAAUGAGCAAGCUGUCGCUAUCAACAAUCAGUCAUCUACAGAGCCAGACUCUCGCAAUGCUGGAGAUGACAGCGGGUCUGGAGAUCACAGCCGGGACGGCAUUCGAGAAGUUCCCGCAACUAGCCUCCGUGCAAGCGGCUCCGAGUCCAGCGGGCACGACCCGCACGCAGAGCAGCUAGCGGCUGAAGCUCCGCGAUCUAAUGCUGGGGAUGACAACGGAUCUAGAGAUCACAGCCGGGACGGCAGUCAAGAAGUUCCCGCAACUAGCCUCCGUGCAAGCGGCUCUGAGUCUAGCAGGCACAGCCCGCACGCCGAACAGCUAGUGGCUGAAACUCCGCGAUCCGAGCUCCGACUUGCAGACUGGGUAGAUAGUUCGGCCAAUUCCGCGCUGGCAGCCCUCAACAUUAUUGGACAAGGACCUGACUCACAACUGGACCAGAGUGCCCGCACCCAAGAAGCUCCGACACCAAGAAAGGGCUGCGAUGUGGCGGAAGGCAGAGGUCGUUUGGACUUCAUCUUAGGCAGGAACUAGAUGCAAAACGCAAG